CUCUGGGAAAUGAGUGCAAUUCGACUGAAACGCCGUUCAAGCUCGUCCGGAUCUGUGAUGCGUCUUCAAGAUUUGUGCACCUGGUCCAAAAUCAGUGCUGCGUAGCUUGCGCAUACAAGAAUGCUUCGGCGUUAAUCUUUAACAGCGUGCACAGACGAGUCGAACUCCAUAUACGGUCUCUCUAUCGUUGAAAGUAGCGGCUCGAACGUUGAGUAUAAAGAACAAGAGCUAUUUAGAUGCUGAGAGCCAUCCUCCAAAACAACUGCAUACACCUUCCUGCACACAUCUCGCUACAAGAGCCAAUUUCAAUACACAACUCCCAACAAACUUCGCAUAAUGCCUUCUUCUAUCAUCGGCAUCCUGUUCUCACAGCUUUUCACUUCAGUCCCCAAGCCUACCGACUCGUAUGCCGGAAAAACAGUCAUUGUGACCGGCUCCAAUAUCGGUCUUGGAUUGGAGGCUGCACGUCACUUCACACGUCUGAGUGCUGCCAAAGUAAUCUUGGCUGUUCGAUCAAUCAACAAGGGAGAAGAAGCAAAGAGAGACAUCGAGAAGACAACGGGCGUCAAGAAUGUCGUUGAAGUCUGGCAACUGGACAUGUCAUCCUACCAAUCUGUCCUCGAUUUCGUCACACGCGCGGAGAAGGAACUUGAAAGGCUCGACAUUGCGCUGCUCAAUGCAGGCAUCUCGGCUGGCAAAUUCGAGAUCUUCGAGAAGGACGAGUCCACCAUCACCGUCAACGUUGUGAGCACAUUCUUGCUUGCAUUCGCAUUGUUGCCGAAGCUGAAGGCUACAUCAGUCAAGUUCAACACAAGGCCGAACCUCACAAUCACUGCGUCAGAGGUGCAUUUUGCCACGCAAUUCAAAGAGAAGGACGUCCCUGAGGGUCAGAUCUUCGCCAAGUUGAACGAGCCGACAAACGACAUGCAGGAGCGUUACUUCGUUUCGAAAAUGAUGGAAGUCCUCGUAAUCCGAGCUAUGGCAGAUCAGAAGUCUGCUUCUCAAAUUCCGAUCACCAUUAACUGUGUCAAUCCUGGAUACUGCAAGUCUGCAAUUGCUAGAAACUCCGGGUUUGCAGUAAAACUCGCACAAACACUCAUCCAGCCCAUUUUCGCACGUACCACGGAGGAAGGUAGUCGGACACUUGUCCAUGCUGCGAGUCAAGGUGCGGAGAGCCAUGGGCAAUACAUGUCUAAUUGUGAAGUCGCUCCUGUAGCUCCCCUUGUGACGAGUGCAGUGGGAUACAAGACGCAGAACCGAGUCUGGGCGGAGCUGUCGAAUAAGCUGGAAGUUAUCAAGCCUGGUGUUACAUCGAAUCUGUAGGCGCUUGCUUAGUGAUGGUCGCUUAAAUUGCUUGUAUUUCAUG